CUGGCAUCCAUUUCCCUCAGAAGCAUUCAGGCAUCGUGUCUAGAUAUGGCUGUCCUGUCUAGUUGCAUAUUGAUGCAUGACUCCUGGCGGCCUUAAACUGACACCCUAUUUGCUCCUCUGCCCGAAUCAUGCUGGACUUCAUGGACUACAUCCAGCUCGCCUUCGCCGAGGCUACAAACUGGAAUCGAGAUAACUCCUACUCGUCCCUCACAGCGACAGCGCAGUCAAUCCUCGACUUUUCAACCCCAGAACGUCUGCGCGUCCAUCUCUCAUCUCUUUCCACUCCGCACUUUGCGACGAGCUACACUCUUGGCACCGUUGGCCUCAUUGACGGAUCAGUGUCAUAUCUCUUCAGCACGGUUCCGUUCAAUAGCACCCCUAGCAAAAGUGCAUUGAUACCCCUUCGCAAACUCGCUCCCGGUUAUCGCCAAAUACAGGCCCCUGUAUCGCCCGCCCAUGGCCCUUUACUCGACGGCAAUAAUGUCCAGAAGUAUGAUUAUGACGGCCAAAAACCGACACUGCUACAUGCUACCCUGCACCUACCUCCCCCAACUACCCUGAAUGCAUUGUUCCUCCGCCGCAUCUCUCCGACCAUGCAAUGGUCACUCGCGGUAUGCUCGACACGGGGGCCGCCGCUGUCGAAAUCAGCACCGCAAGCAGCCGUUCUCACGCAACUCUCCCACGACACAGGCAAAUACAGCAAUGAAUAUCUGUUUAGCACGGAUAAUGCUCUCUUCGGGUGGAGGGGGUUGUGGAAUUUCGGCUCCGACCCGAGAAAGGAUACUUCCACUGCCAAAGACAGACCCCCGUUACUAUCCCUCUUAUCUGCGGGUGCAGAAGCAUACUACUCUCCUCUAUCAUCUCUAAUAGGAAUGUCUACGGGAUUGCGAUUUAGCACUCUUCCAGCUGCUACAGAGGUACCGUCGUCGUCAUCAUCGAACAAUAACGCCCCCAUUUCCACCUUCCCCUACUCCUUGACGUUAACAUUAACGCCCCUCACGGGAUCACUGUCAGCAACAUACUCUGUCCGCGCCUCUCCAAAUUUGGCGUUUAGCUCCCGAUUCGGUUUUAACGUGUACAGUUGGGAAAGUGAAAUGGUCGCUGGCUGCGAACUAUGGAGACAGACCAGGAAGCCACGGCUAGAGGAAGAUGACGACGGACUCGAAUGGGCUAGACGAAAAAUGCGUAUGGAUGUGGCUACAGACACGGAUGCAUUUCAGAUACCGACAGAAACAGCAGCGAAAAGCUCACCUCCGAACGACGAAGACGUAAGCGAAUCCGUCAUCAAAAUCCGAGUUGACCAAUCAUGGAACGUCCGGUUGCUCUGGGAAGGACGCGUCAAGGAACUCCUCGUCAGUGCAGGCGUGGGGCUAGGUCCUAGCUCGUUCUCGUCAGGCUGCUCUUCGUCGAGUACCUCUGGGCAAUCCGCGGGUGGAGGAGGCCUUGGUGCGGCUUCAUAUUGGAGGGGUGUUGGGGUUUCUGUGUUAUACUCAUCAUGAAUGUACAGUACAACGUGCAUUCCUCCUUUAUGAAAGUUGUCAUAUACAAUAAAGAUGGAGUCUGGUCAUCUGAAAUUUCAGUUUCUCUAUGCUGUGCUAUAGCUUCUAGCAAAGCAAACCGCCAUUUCCAUAGACCAGAAUGGAUUGAUUGCAGCCCUUGGUUCCUUUCUCGAGUUCAAAAGCAGUGGGACUGACUCUCUUGAAAUCGGACUUCUCGGACCCAGACCGGCUGAGCCACUGUCCAUCGACUUUCCUUCCGCUUAGUAUUCUAAGGUGUGAUAACAAAGAACAGAGAGGCAGUCGUUUCCGGACUCGCUUUUCCCAGACUUCUAGCUAGUGAUAAAAGGGGCUCAGAAAUGAAGGCAGCUAGUGG